AUGGUGCCAAAGACGGAUUCGAAGAGAAAGCUUUCUUCAUAUGAGAAGUUCCAUUACGAUAGAAGUCGACUCAACUUACAUUCAUGCUUUUACCUAGGCAUCGAGCUCAAUGAACUGCCGGAGAAACGGCUGAUUUGCCAUGCUUUAAAAGAGACAAUAGCUAAUCAUCCUCAGCUUCACCAAACUAUUGCCAUUGACCCAGAAGACAACCAACCGUAUAUCAAGAAUAUCGACAGAGUGCUUAAGUUUGAUGACGUCGCCGAUUAUGUGCCAUUCGCUUACACAGAAGACAGCAUCAACCAGCUCUUCCGCGAUCGCAAGUUCCCUUAUUGUGUUGAAGAACCGUUAUGGAAGUUGCUCAUACUGGAAAAUGAUAAGAAAUGUUUGUUACUACUAGACCACACUUUGUUUGAUGGGAUGUCUGCACUGGCCUUCUGGAAAUCAUUCAUGAAAUCUUUGCCUGACGAAGCGGAGGAAUCCGACGAUGAUCUUUGGGCUCCAAGCCAGGAGUCAUCUAGCCAAGAAUGCCAUCCCUACGAACGGUGGCCAACCACUUGGGGAUCAGUGUGUAAGGCGCUGCUCGUUGGCGCCUUGUUCAAGUUGUGUCCAAGCGCCGUACUGGCUGUAGGAAGAGAUCAACUUCGUUUCAAGAACUACCAGUUUCCCGAUGGCUUAUUUGUUGACAAUGGAUCCAUCGGACGGUCACGGUACCAUAUACGAAACGACAAUUGCCAACAGACUCUCCAAAUAGAGCCAGGUCGUUUGAGAGAUCUCUUAUCGGCCUGCAAGCGUCAUGGUGUUUCAUUGACAUCGUUUUUGGCGGCAUUGCUUGCAAUUUCCAUGGAUAAAUGUCUUGAGCAAGACUGUUAUACUGGUUCAUAUUUGAAAAUUGAUGUACCUAUGAAUACAAGAAAGGCAUGUGCAGAGGUCUUGAAUAUCCCAGAAAACUCAAUGACGAUGGGCAACUAUGUUGCUCCAACGGAGCUACGGUAUAAUCUUCGCACUACGGAUGAUGUCUGGCAGACAGCCAAGCGCCUUUGCAAGGUCUUGAAAAGCCAAACUACGACCGACGUCAUAUCAACGAUCAACAAUGUCAGAUUACUGGACGUCGCCGAUACAGCCAAGUUCAUAGAAGAAAAGCUCAAGGCUGGUGGGCCGUCGGGGACUUUUGAAAUAACGAACCUUGGUGCCCAAGAUUUUUGCAGAGGUUCGAAUGAUCGGUUCCUAGUGGAGAAUGCGGUGUUCAAUGAGCCCCAAAGUAUCUCCGACGUUUUCACUUGUUCCAUAAUCUCAACUCCGCUAGGAGGGCUUUCCUGCUGUUUAAGCUACCCAAGAGCGAUCAAGAGAAGCAUAGAGCCCUGCAUAGACAAUCUCAAAGAAUUCUUGGACCAGAGAAGGUUCAUUUAA